CGCGUCUUCCACGUCCUCCAGCCGAGCGCGGUCUGUGCUCUCCGAUCUCUGAACGACCCUCUCCGACACCGAGCUCCCACCUGAUUCCUCGAGCACCUUUUCCUCCGCCGCCCGACGCCCGUCGCCGACAUGUCGACCAACUUCCGGGACCGGGCCAUCGCCGAGGUGCAAAAGGCCAUCGCGGCGGACCACGCCAAGGAGUAUCAAAAGGCGUUUGACCUGUACAUGUCAUCGAUGGAGCUCUGGGUCAAGGCGCUAAAAUGGGAGAAGAACAAGGCACUCAAGGCGACGAUGCAGGAGAAAAUGGCCACGUACCUGGACCGCGCCGAGAAGCUCAAGCAGUUCCUCGCCGCCGAGGCGGACAAUGCCAACGGCGGCAAGGCCCUGAUGGGCGCCAACGGGUCAAGCACGGGCAAGGGCAAGGGUGCGCCUGAGGAUGACGACAGCAAGAAGCUGCGCAACGCGCUGUCGGGAGCCAUUCUGCAGGAGAGGCCCAAUGUGCGGUGGGAGGACAUUGCCGGUCUCGAGGGCGCCAAGGAGACACUUAAGGAAGCCGUGGUGCUGCCCAUCAAAUUUCCGAGCCUCUUCCAGGGGAAACGACAAGCGUGGAAGGGCAUUCUGCUAUACGGCCCACCGGGUACCGGCAAAAGCUACCUCGCCAAGGCGGUGGCCACUGAGGCAAACAGCACGUUCUUCAGCAUUAGCAGCUCCGACCUGGUGAGCAAGUGGAUGGGUGAGAGUGAAAGACUCGUCAAGGCACUCUUCUCGAUGGCACGAGAGAACAAGCCGUCAGUCAUCUUCAUCGACGAAAUCGACGCUCUGUGCGGGCCCCGCGGCGAAGGCGAGUCAGAAGCGUCGCGGCGCAUCAAGACGGAGAUUCUGGUGCAGAUGGACGGCGUGGGGAACGACAGCAAGGGCAUCCUGGUGCUGGGGGCGACCAACAUCCCGUGGCAGCUGGACGCGGCCAUCCGGCGACGGUUUCAACGGCGCGUGCACAUCGGCCUGCCCGACAUCAACGGCCGCGCGCGCAUGUUCAGGCUGGCCGUCGGCGACACGGACACGGCGCUGCAGUCGGGAGACUAUAACAUCCUGGCCAACAAGUCGGAGGGCUUCUCCGGCAGCGACAUUGCCAACGUGGUGCAGCACGCGCUGAUGCGGCCAGUGCGCAAGAUUCUGCAAGCAACGCACUUUAAGCCGGUGAGUGACGAAUGGUCACCGGCGCCUCUGCUCCGAGUUUGCCACAGGGACAUCAUGCUAACUACCGCAGGUCAUGAAAGAAGGCAAGCGGAUGCUUACACCGUGCUCACCGGGCGAUCCAGACAAGAUUGAAAUGACAUACGACGACGUCAACUCGGACGAGCUGCUGGCCCCGGACGUAUCGCUCAAAGACUUUGAAGUGGCACUGGAGGACUCGCACCCGACCGUAUCCCAGGAGGACGUUCAAAAACAGGUCGACUGGACAAACGAGUUUGGCAGCGAGGGGGCCUAGGGCACUGACACGGCGCUCGGCGUAUGGCAUUGCCUUGUUUUGUGGUUUUAGUCGAGCAAAAUAAGCGACGCCUUCCAUGACUAACUAAUUAUCUGCCGCCAUCGCCUCGCUCGACUUCACUCGUCCUCCUCAUCUCAUUCCCCAUUGCCCUAGCACUGCCCUCCGCAAGUCCACUUGUGGCUCCAGCAGCCGCCAAAGUUGUCCGUCUUAGCGCACGACAACGUGUUGUAGCCCUCGGGCUUGCAGUCGUAGCCGCGCCCAGAGAGCCCGUUGAGGAACUCGUCGCGGUGGUGCGACCCGGACAUGUGGCACGCGUUGUCGGUGCACGAGUAGUAGCAGCGCCCGUCGCGGUCCGAGGCGCCGCUGCAGGCCGUGUCGCAGGCCGUGGCAGCGGCAGCGAGGAGCGCGAGGGCGGCGGCGACGAGCUUGACCAUUUUGUGUUGAGUUUUGAUGUUGUUGAGGCUGUAUCUGCGGAGAUCAGCGGACGGCUGCGUGUAGUAUGGAGGCGAGGGACUCACUGAAGGAUGUGUGUGUGCCUUGUUCCGUUGGAAAUGAUGCUUCUGAUGGCUUAGACCUUUUACGACUUACGGUUAUGGUGAGCGACGAGGCUUUAUAUACUUUAACGGAAGGUCGGAUAGGCAUCGCGACGGCCUCGCCGACGUGCCGGCUCGUGUCUUGCUCCAGCUCGGCCAUCCCAGCGUCGAGCGAGGCUGCUACUGCCCUUGCAGGUCUAUGCGUGAGGUCUCACCGGGCCAGCUCACGACCGAGUCGCCACUCGGGGGCGUUCAGACAUUUCCCCAGGUCAGCUCGAGGACGCCGAGACAUGCCCACGAUGCCGUUUGAGUGGUUUUCUUUUCGAGGAGCGCUUCCCACUACUAACAAAGAAGCAGCCGGGUAAUCAGUCCCGCCGCAGGCGGCCUUGUCUUGAAGCCUUUUGGGUUGCGGUGCCUGCUCGAUUCGCUGUGCCUGGCUGCGCGUGUCUCACGCCAACAGGUGCCGGCAGAUGCCAGACGCCCGGCAUUUGAGGGCGAUAUAAAUAAAUAAAAAGGUCUCUUCUGGUGUCUUGCAACCACACUAGGCCGCGGGGCAGUCACUGAGCCUCGAGCUGACUUGAAU